AUGUCCCGAGUUGCGACCCACAAGCUGUUCGCAGCACCUUCCUCAGGCCUCCGCGCCGUAGCCCUUGCGCAAGCCGCGAAUCGCUCCUUCUACGUCCAGUCGCGACACUCGAGCUCCCUUCCCACCGUAGCGCAGCUCGAUUUCUGGAAGGGACUCAUUCCCAAGCCAUUCAGGCGCGAAGAGAAACUUACCGACGAUCCCAUGAUCAAGCGAGUCAAGCCAAAGAGGAAGAAGGAAUGGAACCCGGCCACGUUCUACAUUGUCAUUUUCCUCCUGAUCGGCUCCAUGUCCAUCAACAUGUUGUCGACGAAGCAAGCGUUCGAGGCGUUCUCGCGACAAGCAGACGUCCGCAUCGGCGUCUUGCGGGAGGUGGUUGAAAAGCUACAGAGGGGCGAGACGGUUGAUGUGGAGAAGGAGUUGGGUACGGGUGACCAUCAGAAAGAGUUGGACUGGGAGGAGAUGCUGAGAGAGAUUGAGCGAGAAGACGUGUCGCGACAGAAGAAGCAGGAAAAGGCAUCGCAAGCGGAGGCGGCAGCAGCGGCGAGUAGCAGGGCCGAAGCACAACCGACUGCGGCGGUACCCGAAGCCGCGAGACCGCCGGCGCGGGGCAUGUCGAGCUUUUUCUAG